UUAGCAAGAGGGAAGGAAACCCAAAAGUUGAGGGUUGUUAUGUGGAACAGAGAAAGGAUCAGAGUAGAGGAAGCAAUUGCUUUCAGGGGGGAGGUUCAUCGGUUGGAGAUUUUGACACCAAGGUCUCCCUUCCCACCCUGUGCCAGCUCACUGGGGAAUUCCAGCAGCUGGCCUGGAGGAAGGGAGAGGGGAGGGCAAGUGACAGGAGGAGGCAGGUCACCACAGCCCCAUCCCCAGCAGCUUAAGGACAGAAACUGCACCCAGAAAGGAGUCUGACCUGUGGGCCUGGCUUCUGGGGCCUCAGAGGAGAUAAGAGCUAGGAGGCUGGACCCCAGGGGCUAGAAACCAAUGCAGGAAUUCUAGAAGCGACUGGGCCUGCUGGGUCCCCAAGGGAAGAAGGGUAGAGAGAGCUAGAGGCUCAGCAUCUGGGUCCUGGUAAGGACAAGGGCUGGGGUCUCGGACUUUGAACUUAUAAAGCCGAAGGAAGGAAGUUGGGGGCCCCUUGAAGCUAACUAAGGUGCUGCCUGCUAGGUUCUGAGUGGGGAAGUGGCGGUUUGGGGGUGAGGUCCCGAAGAAAGUGGCGGGUCAGAGGGUCAGACGGCCCGACUGCUCUGCAGCUUGGACUUUGGCUCUGCCACGACACCGCCCAAGCCCUACCCCACGUCCCCCCUCCUUUUCCAACCUCUCCCACAGCCCCAGGCCCAGGACUGGGAGAGCGGGAGGGAGAAAGUUCGGACAGAGCCCGGCAUGUGGGGUUACCUGUCCCUGCUGCCUGCCUUCCUGGCCCUUUGGGCUACUGCUGGAGUCUGGACCGUUUUUGCCCUUGCCGUGACCAACAGGUCUGUGAACCUCACCGAGGGUUUCCCCUAUAUCAGCCUCUGUGGAUCUUACCCCCCUCAGAGCUGCAUCUUCAGCCAGCUGCUGAACAUGGGAGCUGCUAUGGCCGCCUGGAUCUGCAUUAUCCGUUACCACCAGCUCCGGGACUGGGGAGUCGGAAAAUGGUUUAACCAGCUGAUCCUGUGGACGGGGCUCCUGUGUGCCUUGGGCACCUCGGUGGUGGGCAAUUUCCAGCAAAAGAACCAGCUGCCCACGCACCUGAUAGGGGCCUUCUUCGCCUUAUUCGUGGGCAACCUCUACUUCUGGCUGCAGCUUUUUCUCUUCUGGCGGAUGAGGAGCCUGCCCCAGCCUGGGGCCCCCUGGAUCAGACUGCUCCGCCUGGGCCUCUGCAGCCUCUGCACCAUCCUCAUGGUGGCCAAUAUCCUUCCUGGGGCCUCGGUGGGAGUGUUCGCAACACAGAAACUGGCCAAUGUUGCAAAUCAGAGCUGGUUGUUAACCAUUUACCAGCAUGCCUACCACCGGCUGAAGACUCUACCCAGCCCAGUUCUGAGUCACCCGAGCCCAGAUGCUUUCCGCCAGCCCGGCACUCCUCCAGAGACACGGACGCAGGCAGGGUCACGCGAAACCAGAUUUCCUUCCGGAGAGCAAAUCCGUACAGAAGGUUGUGAGAGGAAGGGGGAGAGCCGGGGAAGGGGGGCCCGGGAAGGAGGAGUUGGGGACACAGGGACAGAUGGCCCUCUCCGUCCGGAUCUGCUAAGCCACCCCGACCAGCCCCCGUCCCUCCCCCACCCCACCCCGCAGAGAGAUUGAUCAAUAAAUAAAAUAAUAAAUUAAUCAAUAAA